GACGCUGUGCUAUAAGUGGCCAAAGUCCAGCCUCUGGACAAACAAUUAAACAUUUCAUCUGUGAGGUCAUAGGCUCGCAAACAGCUGCAGACCAAUGGACAAAUCGUUUCUUCUUCAUUGUAGUCAAAGCUUAGCUCCACUGGCUACAUAAGCCAUGACAGAUUGGAUGACGCUGGAAAUUAUUUUCCCCACGUCUCCACAUGCUGACAUGGUUAAUAAAAGCACACCAGGAAUGGACGGAAAGGCCCUUCAUCUUGCUUAAUCGGAUAUUGUUGCAUUUUUCUCAUAACCAGGCAUUGUGUAACAGAUUUUGGUGGCUAAUAAGUGGAUUCCAGGCUUCUUAGGGUAACUAGUUGAAGAACAGGAGCAAAAUAUUUGGUAAGAAUGAUUUUGCACCCGAACAAGAAACAUCAGAUUUUACACUGUUGAUCAAGAAAACCAUGGCUUGGAAAUGGAUCAAGGCAAUUGUUUAUUUGUCGGUGUGUGUCACUUCAGCUGUGGGUGAUGAUGAGGAAGCGUCUCCAAGCAAGUGUGCUGACUUCAACAACACCACCUGGCUGGAAUACAGACAGGCCACCAAGCUUCAGGUCCAGUACCUUCUGUUGACCCGAAAGAAUGCCAACUGUGCCAGUCUGUUCACACAAGACUGCCUUAACCACACCCAGAAACACACGGCUUACUUCAACUCGUCACUGCCCACCAAAGUCAUUGUUCAUGGAUACAGGGCUCUGGGCAGUAAACCGUCCUGGGUGAGUGGUUUAGCUCAGGCUCUGCUGAGAGAAGAGGAUGUGAAUGUUCUGGUGGUGGACUGGGUCUAUGGGGCCUCCUUUGCUUAUAACCUGGUAGUGGAGAACUACAAGGAAGUGGCAGUUCAGAUAUCGGUGCUUAUUAAUCAGCUUACGAAAUAUGGAAGCACGCUGGAAUCUUUUCAUUUUAUUGGUGUGAGUCUUGGAGCACACGUGUCUGGAUUCGUGGGGACCUUAUUUCAUGGCAAGCUGGGUCGAAUCACAGGUUUGGAUCCAGCAGGCCCAAUGUUUAAGAGUGCUGAUCCGUUUGACCGUUUGGAUUCAUCUGAUGCCUUGUUUGUUGAGGCCAUUCACACUGAUUCUGACUAUUUUGGUAUAUCCAUUCCUGUUGGGCAUGUGGACUUCUUCUUAAAUGGAGGAAUGGAUCAAGCUGGAUGUGCUCGCUCAAGGUUUGCUUCAAUUUUCAUCUACUUUCCAGUGUAUGGGUAUGUCAUUUGUGACCACAUGAGGGCUCUGCACGUCUACAUGAGUGCCCUGAACGGCUCCUGUCCGCUCAUUGGUUUUCCCUGCUCCGGUUAUGAGGAGUUUCUGGCAGGAAAAUGCAUCACCUGUGACGACGCCUUCAAUGGCACGUGCCCACAGAUAGGCUUGUUAAAGAACAGUGGGAUAACAGCGACUCCCCUGCCAAAUCAAGAGAAGGUUUAUCUGCUGACCACUGCUUCAGGUCCAUACUGUGCACAUCACAUCCUUGUUGAGUUGAACGUUUCCCGUUUAGACAAGACUGCGGAGGUUCAGCUCAUUCUGAAAUCCAUUGGACAUCCUGAGACGGAGCUCAAACUGAAACUAUAUACAGACGAUACAAGGUAUAAAACGGUGGCUGCACACCCUGAGCAGCUGUGUAAAAUUGACUCAAUGCAGCUGAUAAACACUGGAGGUCGAUUCUACAGACAAGGAGACAUAAAUUUUGAGUAUAUUUGCAUCUCUGAAAUCCCUCAAACCAGAGGGAUGGAUCCGUUAUGUGUGAAGAACAUUCAUAUUGGACGUGGAGUACCGUGGUCACAUGACUUUGUACAGGUGUGCUAAAUUAAAAAAACAACAACACAAAAUCUGCUUAGAAGAGCUUCU